AAACCUCCCCCAGUUUACAGUGGACCAAAUGGAUUUUGGUCUACUGCCCCCAAUUAAUUUAGCCGAUGUCAACUUUAAUAAAAGUCAGCAGGUAGACGUGGUAAUUGGUGCGGAUUUGUACCCGCAAAUAAUGAUAGGAAACGUUAAGAAGAACGUUUUAGGUUCCCUUCUGGCACAGGAGACAGUCUUUGGUUGGAUCUUAACAGGUCCAAUACCUCAAACCCCCAAUAUGAUUACAAAAUCAUACGUCUCGAUGUACACCGAAAUUUCGAGCUCUGAGCUCACUCGGUUUUGGGAGCUAGAACAAGUCCCAAGUAAAAAACAGAUCACUCUUGAGGAAGCAGUCUGCGAGCGCCGGUAUGUGAGUACAACAACGAGGACCGGACAAGGAAAAUAUAUGGUGAGACUCCCAUUUCGGCAUGAAUUCCCAGUCGACAUAAAUCUUGGAUAUUCGAGGACCGGUGCAAUGCAGCAGUUCUUGAGAAACGAGGCAGCUAUGAUGCGAAAGCCGGAACUUAAGGCAGAAUACCAUCGGGUACUCCGAGAAUAUAUAACUCUCGGCCAUAUGAAACUAGUGGACAGCACAUCUGGAAACAAAGGUCCAGGAUCCUAUUACUUGCCGCAUCAUGCAGUGGUAAAACCAGAUAGCACUACGACAAAGCUCCGCGUAGUGUUUAAUGCAUCAAACCCUACAUCCAAUGGGGUAAGUUUAAAUGAUGUACUUCAUCCUGGUCCAGUUCUUCAAGCGGACCUUAUCGCGUUGAUAUUGAAAUGGAGAUUUUUCAAAUAUGUAUUCAACGCUGAUAUUGAAAAGAUGUAUCGGCAAAUCUUGCUGCAUCCCAAGGACACUAGGUUUCAUAGGAUAUUAUUUAGGGAAUCAGUGGAAGAGGAAUUAAUGGAUUAUGAGCUACAAACCGUGACUUUCGGAGUCAACUGUGCCCCAUACCUUGCGAUAAGGACGCUACUUCAGUUGGCAGAAGAUAUUAGCUUGAAGUACCCUCUAGCAUCCAAGGUUUUAAAGCAACAUAUGUAUGUUGAUGACGUCCUUGCUGGUGCACACGACUGCGAGACCGCCAUUCACACACGGAUCGAAUUGAUCGAGGCUCUCAAAGAGGCAGGAUUCCCCCUACGGAAGUGGACCUCAAACUCCAAAGAAAUUUUAGCCGACGUACCAAAGGAGCAUCUUCUCAAGGAAGAUUUCUUGCAGAUUGACGACUUAAGCGAGGCAAGGAUGUUGGGUAUUAGAUGGAAUGCCAUUCAAGACAGGUUCCAUUUCAACGUUCAGGAGAUGUACAUAAAUCCAAGCUACACCAAGAGAGAGGUAUUAUCGUGUGUAGCUAAACUGUUCGACCCUGCAGGUUGGCUGAGCCCAAUCGUGAUCGAGGCGAAAAUCCUAAUGCAAGAUAUUUGGCUAACGAAGAUUGACUGGGAUGACAACUUACCAAGGGGUAUUUACUUGAGAUGGGAAAAUUUUCUGAAAAAUUACGUGAAUAUUUCGAAAAUCGGAAUUCCAAGGUGGAUUAGGUACACCCCAUGGAACGAAGUUGAAUUUCAUGGUUUUUGUGAUGCCUCUGAGAAGGCCUAUGCUGCUGCGCUGUAUGUAAGAGUUCGGGAACGAAAUUCAAAUAUCGUUCCAAGUGUAAAUCUGCUGGUAAGUAAGACCAAAGUAGCGCCAGUAAAAACAAUAUCUUUACCACGAUUAGAGUUAUGUGGGGCACUACUUUUAGCAGAAUUAAUCAGCUCUUUACUUCCACAGCUCGAUGUUGCUCAACCAGUGGUCUGCAAAUGGACAGACUCCACCAUUGUGCUCUCAUGGCUGCAGAACUUGUCGGAUCGAAUGACUGGAAUCACGUGGAUUCAAAGAACAAUCCAGCAGAUCUUGGUAGUCGCGGCGUUUCUCCCCAAGAACUCGCGGAGAGCACUCUUUGGUGGCACGGUCCGAGCUGGUUGAAGGAGCAGCCUUCUGAGUGGCCUCAGAGACGGUCAGAUCCACUGGAAACUGAACUGGAACUAAAAGUAGUUAGAACUCACGCAGCACGAGUUUUAGAUAAAGAGGACAUCUUGGAACGGUUCUCCGAUUUUUCUCGCGCACUGAGGGUAGUUGCACGAAUUUUUCAAUUCUAUUGGAAAAUACAUCCGGUGCAUAAACUAACAAAUCGAAACGAUUCUACGGAACUUACAGCAAAGACAAUUCGAGAGGUAAAAACUCAACUUAUCUUGUUGACCCAAAGGCGUUGUUAUCCAGAAGAAUACGGUGAAUUAUCUUCUUCUAACCCAGUAAGCGCUAAGAGCUCCAUCCGUACUCUCAAUCCAUUUCUGGACAAGAAUGGAGUGAUGAGAGUAAGUGGAAGACUAGCGCUAGCGUCAUUGUCAUACAAUGAACGAUAUCCAACCAUUUUGCCGUAUAAUUGCCAAUUUUCGCGACUUCUGGUAAAGUUCUCACACUUGAUUUCAUUACAUGGAGGAAAUCAACUCAUGCUGAGACUUAUGAGAAAAAGAACACGGGAACAACUCAUGGCUGCGCUCCCACCGGAAAGGACGGACGUAUCCAGACCAUUCACCAACACUGGCGUGGAUUUUACGGACCCGUUUGAGAUUAAAAAUUACACCGGCCGAGCAUGUCUCAUCACUAAAGGAUACGUUUGCGUCUUUGUAUGCUUUGCUACAAAGGCAAAACACCUAGAGGCAACUAGCGAUCUAUUGACAUCAACAUUCUUGGGUGCUUUUGCCAGGUUUGUAGCAAGACGAGGCUGUCCGCGUAAUGUGUACUCGGACAAUGGCACGAACUUUGUCGGAGCAAACAAAGCCUUAAGACAUGACUUUAAAAAAUUCACAACCGAAGCCUCACAUCUAACCAUGCAAUCAUAUCUUCAUCAAGAAGUCAACUGGCACUUCAUACCACCAGCAGCUCCUCACAUGGGAGGACUAUGGGAAGCAGGAGUGAAGAGCUUCAAAACCCAUUUUCGAAAGGUAGCAAAUGCGAUGCGUUUUACGAUAGAGGAAUUCUCGACUUUACUGGCCAAAAUAGAAGCAUGUCUUAACUCACGUCCGAUAAGUCCAAUUUCAGAUAAUCCUGAAUCGCUUGAGCCUCUAACCCCGGGACAUUUUUUAAUUGGAAGUCCGCUGCUCGCGAUCGCUGAACCAGAACUCAGCGGAAACCCGAUGUCAAUAAUCAACCGUUGGCAAUAGCUAAAGGCGCUUCACCAAGGGUUCUGUCAACGAUGGAAGGUGGAGUACCUAAAGGAACUGCACAAGCGAGUCAAGUGGCAGUUCCCACAACGAAAUCUAGAGGUUGACGACUUCGUAGUUGUCAAAGAAGACAACUUACCCCCAAAUGAGUGGCGACUUGGCAGAGUUGUUAGGGUUUUCUUAGGUCAAGAUAGUCGAGUUAGAGUUGUAGAUAUACGUACGACACGAGGCAUAAUUUCACGUCAAAUUGUGAAAUUGAUUAUGCUUCCCAUCGAAAAGUGCACUAAUGAAUUAUCUAAUUUCAGAGAAAUUCAAAAUGGUCCGAGCCAACAACAACAACCAAGUGAGGGAACACAGGUGCCCUGUGUGCAACCACAACAACCGGUUGGUCUUCUGUCGACAACUGCGCCGACUAAAACCGACGGAGAGACUGAGGGCAGUCCUCCUUCAUCGGCAUUGUGCCAACUGCCUGUCACCGCGUCACAUGGCCAGCAGUUGUUCAUCGACGAGGCACUGCGAUCGGUGUCAAGAGCGGCAUCACAGUCUCCUACACCUGUGGGAAACCGACAGAGGCGAGGAAGACGUGCCGCAGGCCUUAAGCGCAGUAGACAGUAGGCCUACCAGAAGACACGACCCGUACAGAGCCCAACCUCUAUUGGACGACUGCAGUGCCGAGGAGGUGCUGGAAAUUGAUGCCAGUGACGAAGACGUUCCCGCAGAACCAAACCAAAUUUCAACCCCCCCGACACUCAGACCACCUCUGUCGGGUAUCCGGUCAGUGGUCCAGCGGCCACCCCCACCGAAAGAAGGAAGAAGUGCCUCGCCAAGAAGGCGCAACAACAAGCCACAAAAGCGGCCUCAGGCAGUGAGAGACGCCCGAGAGCGGAUCAAGGGACCCGCUCGAAACAAUACGGGUAUGUCUGUCCUCACGCCAACGGUGAUGGUGAGAGUGGUAGCAAGCGGCCGAGUACAUGCUGUUCGUGCCCUCAUCGACCCAGGGCAAACAAAAUCCACCGUAGCACGCACCCUGGCGAGACGAAUGAACCUGCUGCGACGGGAGUCAACAGAGCAGAUCAAUCUGACGCUGAAAGAUUGGCGUGAUAGUAUCAGCCUACAAGCUAGAGUAGUGGCUAGCCUAAUAAAGACCACGCCUGCACGCACACUGGACUCAAGAGUCGUCGACGAGUUCGACAAUUUACGGUUGGCCGACCCAAAAUUUUACAAGUCAAGCGCGGUUUCGCUGAUUUUGGGUGCUGACGUAUAAGGCAUGAUUCUCCGGCCAGGGCUUAUGCCAGCAACCCCAACACGACCAGCUGCCCAGAACACAAUUUUUGGAUGGGUGAUCUCCGGCUGCUCACCCUAUUAGACGGCGGCGAGGGAGUCGAGAAGAACCUUUAGUUUAAGGAAUGAAAUUGAAAAACAAAAAAAAAAA